ACUCUAACUAAACUGCAUUCAAACUAGAGGUCACAAAGAGCAGAUCUUAUCAUCACCUUAGCACACCUUGUUAUUUUUUUUUUCCAAUGUUUUCAAUAUCCACAGACAGUGAUCAGCAAGAUGAUGCACAAUUUGAGGUAGAUGAGUACCUGAGCUUCAAUGACGAGGAGGAGAAAGAAGACACAUCACUGCUGCCUCCUGAACGCCAGCAGAAACAUUUCACCCUGCAAACACACACUGAUCACCACGGUUGCAUCAAGAAAGAUUUCUGGUUGUAUGUAUGCAGAAGGAGAGAUAAUUUUAUCAAAAGCGCUUCAAAAGAUUGUCUAAUGAAAAUCGCAUUCAAAACAAAGUCGGAUAUUGAGAUAUUGGAUGAUGGUUACAAAUGGAGAAAGUAUGGAAAGAAAUUUGUGAAGAACAGCCCACACCCGAGGAAUUACUACCAAUGUUCAAAUGAAGGGUGCAAUGUCAAAAAGAGGGUAGAGAGACAUCGCGAGGACUCGAGCUAUGUGAUAACCGCAUAUGAGGGAGUUCAUUACCAUCACGCCCCAUCAAAUGCAACAGUGAAUCAACGAAGACCUGUUUCACUUAGUUUACAAGACUAUUCCUAUUCUUCAAAUGGAUCAACAUUGCAGACACUAGAUAGUGCACAAAUCUAAAUAAAAGGUUCAAUGUUAUGCUUUCUAAAGCUCUGUUAUAGCUUUGGUUGGAUAUGCAAAGUGGAAAAAAACAGAGCAUUUUUAUCAUUUCAGGCAAAGCCUCUGUAGAUGAUGUUAAUUAUCA